AUGUCCUACCUACGAUAUAAUUCAUCAAGAUUUGUCAGACAAACUCCAAGCCGUACCCCGUGUCUUCAGUUGACAUUAGAGCCCUGGCCCUACCCUACCCUACAGGGUAGGGUAGGGUGGGCUGACGACACAUUUGUGUGUCUCCGCAGUAUUAACAUGGAGCGGCCGAUCUCGGAUAUGGAUCGUUUGCCUUAUGCAAAGUAUACGGAAAUGCGGAAAAGAUUGGAGACGGAGAAAUUAGCUGAUACAGAAGUCGACAAGUUGUAUGAUAUCGUUCAAGUAACCGCUGGCCUGUUCGAUAAAAAUGCCAUUCGAUACACGAUUGAAGGUGGUCCUAGUCAACAACGACGAGAUAACGAUGAUGAUGAUGGAAAAAGAUACAAACGUCAAGAAGCAGAUUCACAAAAGUCAGUUAUUUCACGUUAA